CAUCCGAGUAUGCUAGGAAAUUUGUACUUGGUCUUCAAGGCCACAACGGCGGCUCAUUACACGACCACUCUUGCCAGAAAUCAAUUGCUACAUGUAAAGCAUUUGUCGCUUACGGUAUGGAAAAUGCUGAUGGCACAGACCGGUAUCAUGUCAAUGUAGAACUCGAUGACUAUGAUCUGGAGCACACUCACUAUCCGAUGUUUAAAGCGUGUAUAGAUGCCGGCGCAUCUGCGCUAAUGUGCUCCUACAAUGCCAUCAAUGGUGUACCCGCUUGUGCCUCUCCACUUAUCAAUGAGGUUUUAAGAGAGAAGUACAACUUCAAGGGUUAUGUAAUAGCUGAUGUUGGCGCGGUAGAAAGGAUAUAUGAGGCACAUCAUUACACAGAAAGCUAUGAACAAACAGCUCAGGUGGCUUUUCUUGCAGGAAUGGACGUUGAUAGCAAUGACACCGUGUACAGAGACUUCCUUGGACGAGCUCUCGCUGACAAUUUGAUCUCAGAAAAGCAACUGGAUGCUGCAGUUGAGCGAACUUAUGCCGAGAGAAUGAAAACAGGUGAAUGGGAUGUAAGCGGCUGCGAGUAUGACAAAUUGAAUGACUCUAUUGAUGUCCACACUCAACAACAUGUCGAUAUCACCUUAGAGGCAGCUCGCGAGAGCAUCGUUCUUCUCAAGAAUAAUGGUAUUUUGCCUUUAUCUAAGACAUCUCGUGUGGCUGUUGUCGGUCCAAAUGCCAAAGCCACGAAGACCCUUAUGGGUAUUUACAGUGGAAUACCAAAAGAUGGUGACAUUAUAUCUCCUUUAAAGGGCAUUUCAACUAAAGUUGGUCGCAACAACUUGUUUUAUGCUUCCGGCUGCAGUGAUGUGUGCUGCAAAUCUGAUCAGUUUUUUAGUGAAGCAGUCGAAGCAGCUCAUAAUGCUGACGUUGUGAUAGCUGUGCUCGGUUUGGAGCCAAUUACACACGAAGCAGAAACACGUUCCUGUAUACUGGAGGGGGAAAUGAAUGAUCGUGUAUCACUCGAACUUCCUGGAAUGCAAAAUGAGCUCGUCAAGAGAAUUAUUAAAAUGACAAGAACUCCUGUUGUUGCUGUACUCAUCAAUGGCGGUCCUUUGGCCAUCGAGUGGCUGAGUCGCAAGGCGGAUGCUAUAGUAGAAGCGUGGUAUGGCGGAGAGCAAGGCGGCAUGGCAAUUGCUGAUGUUCUAUUUGGUGACUACAAUCCUGGUGGUCGACUUCCGGUCACUUUCUACCCAGCCUCUUAUGUUGAUCAAGUGAAAAUGAGCGACAUGAGAAUGAGGGCAGACAAACAGCACCCUGGACGUACACACCGGUACUACACUGGCACUCCCAUCUACAAGUUUGGUCACGGUCUGUCGUACACUCAGUUUGAGUUCGAAGGCUGUACGGGUCAUUCUAGCAUCCAACAUGCUACAAGUGGGGAGCCGUUUGCUAUGCCACUGUGUGUGACAGCUACAAAUAUUGGAGACAAGGCUGGCGAUGUUGUCAUUUUAGCCACUGCAGAGGGGGAGAUGACUGCCAAAACUGAACCAAAACGUUUUAAAGAGAAGUCACUCUUUGGCUUCAAGCGAAUCCACUUGAGACCUCAGGAGAGACAGACCGUCAAAUUUCAGUAUGAUCUUCCAUUGAAUGUUCAGCCUCGGUCUCGUGUAAAGAUUCAAAUUGCUGAUCGUCGAUAUGACAUUUUGGUUGACUUUGAGCCUCUUUUCGAUCCCGAAAGAGUAAAGCUUGGUAUACAGGCCAUCAAUUGGAUCAAUGAAGAUUUCAAGAAUCUUGGAGCAACCAUUCCUAUUGAGCAAUGUGUGAGCGAGGUGGCUCUGGCAGGAUUUCACUACACUGAGCUGAAUUACAAGAUGCCCACCAAUGCGAUUGACAUGGACAAGCUACUUGGUAUUCGGAAUGUGCACAUUGCAGCCAGUUGGCAGUGUACCUUCUUCACAGAAGGGGAACGAGAAAAAACCAUCGCCGACUUUAAGCACACCAUGCAGUUUCUUAAGAUCUUGGGAGGAGAUGAAUUAAACGUGGCCGAGUGUGCUCGAAGCGUUCAGAAAAUGGAGAACAUUCCUGUCUUUUCUGGCAAGCCAGUGAUGAAUGAGAAAGAAUGGCAGUUGCUGGCCGAUGGCUUGAACGAGCUCGGGCGCAUCGCAAAGGCUGCAAACAUGAAGCUCGGUUAUCACCAGCAUUUGGGCACGGUCGUAGAGAGCAAAGAGGAGCUGGAACGACUGAUGUCAAUGACGGACCCGGAUCUUGUGGGGCUGUGUGCUGAUACGGGACAUUUAUAUGCGGCGGGAAUCGAUGUGAAUGCCGUUUUUCGAGACUACGGCCGUCGCAUUACGCACGUUCACUUGAAAAACGUUCGCCAAUGGAAACUAGAUUAUGUCAAGAAGUAUGGCCUCAGCUACUACGACGCUAUUGAGUUUGGCUUUUUUACUGCCCCUGGCAGCGUGGAAGGGACUUCGUUUAUUGACUUUAUUGAGUUGUUUGAGGAUCUGAAGAGGGUGGAUUACUCAGGAUAUCUCAUGGUCGAAGCUGAUGAGAACCCUUACAAAGUGGAUCCCUUGCAGCAAGCUCUGAUAACGCGUGAGUACCUGAAGAUGGCGACGGGACUGUGAAGUUGUGGAGACUACAUGAAAACUGACUCAAAUAAAAACAUGCUUUUGCGCUGAUUUCAACGUUUGUUGAAUUCUAUGUGUUAGUAUAUCGUCGGUUGUGCUGGCAUAACAUUGGGUAGUAAAUUGUGGGUGAGACUUGAGCGGUUAUCUUGGCAAUGCUUAAUUUUGUUGCUGUAGUUUGAGGAAUUAAUUACAUCAACUUCAGUUGCAUUUUCAGUUGUCA